AUGGGGGACUGGAACUUCCUGGGGGGGAUCCUGGAGGAGGUACACAUCCACUCCACCAUGGUAGGGAAGAUCUGGCUCACCAUCCUCUUCAUCUUCCGCAUGCUGGUGCUGGGCGUGGCGGCCGAGGACGUGUGGAACGAUGAGCAGUCCGACUUCAUCUGCAACACGGAGCAGCCCGGAUGCCGCAACGUCUGCUACGACCGCGCCUUCCCCAUCUCGCUCAUCCGCUACUGGGUGCUGCAGGUCAUCUUCGUCUCCUCGCCCUCGUUGGUGUACAUGGGCCACGCCCUGUACCGGCUGCGGGCCCUGGAGAAGGAGCGGCAGCGGAAGAAGGCGCAGCUGCGGCGGGAGCUGGAGGCGGUGGAGCUGGACCUGGCGGAGGUGCGGCGGAGGCUGGAGCGCGAAUUGCGCCAGCUGGACCAAAGCAAGCUGAACAAGGCGCCGCUGCGUGGCUCGCUGCUGCGCACCUACGUGGCCCACAUCGUCACACGCUCCGCCGUGGAGGUGGGCUUCAUGGCGGGGCAGUACCUGCUCUACGGCCUGCACCUGGACCCGCUCUACAAGUGCGAGCGCGAGCCGUGCCCCAACGUGGUGGACUGCUUCGUCUCGCGGCCCACGGAGAAGAGCGUCUUCAUGGUGUUCAUGCAGUGCAUCGCGGCCGUCUCCCUCUUCCUCAACAUCCUGGAGAUCCUGCACCUGGGCUACAAGAAGCUGAAGAAGGGCAUCCUGGACUACUACCCGCACCUGAAGGACGAGCUGGACGACUUCUACGACAGCAAGAGCAAGAAGAACUCGGUGGUGCCGCAGACGUGCGUGGGCACCUCCACCGGCCGCAAGGCCACCAUCCCCACCACCCCCAGCGGCUACACCCUCCUGGAGAAGCAGCCGGACGCGCCCCCCUACCCCCCACUCAUCAACCCCUCCUCUGCUUUCACACCCAUUCAGGGCAAUCUCCCCGGGAAGGGGGGCUCUGACGGCCCCAAGGACGGCAAGGACGCCCCGCCCAGCCCCGCCGAGCAGAACAGCAACUCCAACAACACCAGCAGCGAGACCCGCUCCCCGGCCAUCGACUCCUCCACCCCGCCCAAGCAGGAGGAGCUGGAGGAGCACCCCCACCUGCCGGGGCACAGCGAGGAGCUGCAGCCCCGAGGCUCGGGCUUCCCCGCCCUCCCGGGCGACGCCCCGCUGGCAUCCUCCUGCCCCACCCUGCUGGUGGGGGCGGGGAGGAAGCCGAGGCGUGUCAGCGCGCCGUGGAACUGCUCCACAGUGGUGGAGGGAAACUCCUCGGACCCAGACGCCUCCAGCGGGGUGCGGACCCGCCUCGGCGCCGGCCGCACCCGGGUCGCCUCUAAGUCGGACCUGAAGCGGCUGGGCCGGCCAGCGACGCCGGACUCGGUGGAGGAGUCGAGCUCGGAGUCCCGGCACAGCCACGCGGCCGACAGCCCCGGGACGCUCUCUCCGUCGCGGCGGAUGUCGCUGGCCAGUAAUGCCAGCAGCAGGCGAGCCACCACUGACCUGCAGAUCUAA